GAGAAAGCAUGCCGAGAUACACAGUGCAUGUCCGAGGAGAAUGGCUGGCAGUGCCGUGCCUGAACUGCACGAACACAGUCGGGUGGCUGGGAAAGGAAGCUGUGAGACGGUACAUGAAAAACAAACCUGACAACGGGGGAUUUGCCUCGGUGGAAGAAGUAAAAUUUUACAUUCGAAGGUGCAAGGGACUUGGCUUGCUGGAUCUUGAUGAUAGAGUGGAGGAUGCUCUGGAGGACAAUGAAUUUGUUGAAGUUGUUAUAGAAGGAGAUAUAAUGUCUCCAGAUUUCAUACCAUCUCAGCCGGAAGGAGUUCAUUUAUACAGCAAAUACCGAGAACCAGAACAGUAUAUUUCUUUAGAUGGCAACAGCUUAACAACGGAGGACUUGGUCGAUUUAGGAAAGGGGCUCUACAAGAUAAAGCUCACACCUGCAGCUGAAGCUAAAGUCAAUCAAUCACGAGAAGUGAUUGAAAGGAUUAUAAAGGAACAGACAGUUGUUUAUGGAAUCACCACUGGGUUUGGGAAGUUUGCCAGGACUGUCAUCCCAAACAGUAAGCUGAAAGAGCUUCAAGUGAACUUGGUUCGUUCACAUUCUGCAGGUGUGGGGAAACCUUUGAGCCCAGAGAGAUCUCGCAUGCUGUUGGCGCUGAGGAUCAAUGUCCUAGCAAAAGGAUACAGUGGAAUAUCCCUAGGAACGCUCCAGCAAGUUAUUGAAGCAUUUAAUGCAUCCUGCCUUCCUUAUAUCCCUGAGAAAGGGACAGUUGGAGCCAGCGGGGACUUGGCCCCCCUCUCUCACCUUGCUCUGGGAUUAAUUGGAGAGGGAAAAAUGUGGUCGCCAAAGAGUGGCUGGGCUGAUGCUAAAUAUGUCCUGGAAGCCCAUGGUCUGAGACCAAUUACCUUGAAACCAAAAGAGGGUCUGGCUCUCAUCAACGGGACACAAAUGAUCACCUCACUGGGAUGCGAAGCAGUUGAAAGAGCCGGUGCUAUAGCGAGACAAGCUGACAUAAUCGCUGCCCUUACACUGGAAGUCUUGAAGGGUACAACAAGGGCCUUUGACAGUGAUAUCCACACAGUGCGCCCACAUCGAGGGCAGGCUGAAGUAGCGUUUCGAUUCAGGUCCCUUCUGGAUUCUGACCAUCAUCCAUCAGAAAUAGCAGAGAGCCACAGAUUCUGUGACCGAGUUCAGGAUGCAUACACAAUGCGCUGCUGCCCUCAGGUCCACGGAGUUGUAAAUGAUACAAUUGCUUUUGUGAAGGACAUAAUGACGACUGAAAUCAAUAGUGCCACGGACAACCCUAUGGUGUUUGCUGAAAGAGCAGAGACCAUUUCUGGAGGAAAUUUUCAUGGUGAAUAUCCUGCAAAGGCUCUAGACUAUUUGGCAAUCGGUGUGCACGAACUCGCUGCAAUUAGUGAAAGAAGAAUUGAGAGGCUCUGCAACCCCUCGCUCAGCGAACUGCCUGCAUUUUUAGUCACUGAAGGAGGUCUGAACUCUGGCUUCAUGAUUGCACACUGCACAGCAGCUGCCCUGGUUUCUGAGAACAAAGCCUUGUGCCAUCCCUCUUCUGUGGAUUCUCUCUCAACCAGUGCUGCUACGGAGGACCACGUGUCCAUGGGAGGAUGGGCUGCAAGAAAAGCUUUGAGAGUUAUUGAACAUGUGGAACAAGUUCUGGCUAUUGAGCUGCUCGCAGCCUGCCAAGGCAUUGAAUUCCUACGCCCUCUGAGGACGACAACCCCACUGGAGAAGGUCUACGACCUCGUGCGCUCCGUUGUGAGACCUUGGAUGAAGGAUCGCUUCAUGGCCCCGGACAUCGAAGCAGCUCACAGGCUGCUCGUGGAGCAGAAGGUGUGGGAAGUGGCUAAACCUUACAUUGAAAAGUACAGGAGGGAACACAUCCCUGAAUCGAGACCCGUUUCACCAACUGCCUUCUCCUUGGGAUCGCUGGAAAUGAAUACACAUGUUUGUCACGACCAUGGGCAUCAGAAUGAACUUUAA